AUGAUGCUGAGCCCGGACCAGACGGAUCCUGACCUGCCGUGGGGCCACUCGGAUCCGGAAACGGUCUUCAACGUCAUAAAAGUGGAAUGCGUGGCUGACGAACCGCCGGAAGCUGACGGGAGGACGCGCUCGCUCGCGCCGCCCGCGCUCACCAGGGAGGAGAAGCGGCGGAGGCGGCGCGCGACCGCCAAGUACAGGACGGCGCACGCCACGCGCGAGCGCAUCCGCGUGGAGGCCUUCAACGUGGCGUUCGCGGAGCUGAGGAAGUUGCUCCCGACGCUUCCGCCCGACAAGAAGCUUUCGAAGAUCGAGAUCCUUCGGCUCGCCAUAUGUUACAUAUCUUAUCUGAACCACGUCUUGGAUGUAUAAACGACUUGGAGAACAUUUGGACUUUUAAAAAUAUUAGGACUAUCUGUUACCAAGAGGCGAGGCAUUAAAUACUUAUA